GUUGCUCACGCCAGCUUCUUUGUCCCCAGUCAAGAUCGGAGUCGCGGAUGACUUCGUCCUCUCGCCGAUUGAUGUCGACACUACCAUCUACCGCUGCAAGGCACCUCCCGGGGUGUCGGACUGGUUCGCGCUAUCUCGCGUCUCAGCACGGCAGCUUCAUCCUGUCGAUGGAGACCUUUGCGCUCGUGCUUGCAUCAGCGCCUCCGCCUACGUCGCGGCGCGCCUGGAGGUCAUGGCGAUGGG